AUCUCCGGUGAUGCUGGCAGCAACGCUCAAGCACUAACAAGCUCUCUACCACCAAAACCGACUCUCACUUCACUUCACCAUCAUGACAGACUUCCUGGCGCGCGAGAGCGAGCUCCUGGGCGACGAGUUCUCCACUCCGACAGCGACUGGAGGCUCAUUCGCCACUGCGGGCGGAGACAUUGACUUUGACAGUGCCGCUGCUGCGUUUCCUGACAUCUCGCUGGAUGGGACUGGCGACAUUCCACCCCCUAUCGCGUCGAUUCCCAGUACGAAUAGCUCGAGCGGGUUCUCCUUUGAGGAUUUUGGAACCCCGCCGAGUGAGAGGACGACGGAGGUGAAGGUGACGGGUAAUGAUGAGAUUGAGAAGUUCGAGAGUGAUUUCCCGGAGAUCGAGGUUCCUCAGAUCUUGUUGUUGUCAAACUUCUAUUUGAAAGCAGACUCAGCAGACGUUCUCGCCACCCGCCCAACUGUUCGGUGCUACCACCCAAACAUUCGCACCUCAGCCACAACCUUCUGCGCUGGUUUCGUCGACACCUAUUUUCAACCAGCCGAUAGAUGAAGAUGAGCCCGAGGCUAUCAAGUGAGUAUAUAUAUAUACGCGUUCUGACUGGCUCUCCUGUUGGUUCUGACAAAGGGUGCUUCUUAGGCAAUGGCGCGAGAAACAGGCUGCUGAGAUCAAGGCGAGGGACGAAGCUUCGCAAGUCAAGCGGGAGGAGACUAUUGCUAAAGCUGAACGAGCGAUUGAUCAAUUCUACGAGGAGUACUCUGGCAAGAAGGAAAGGAACAUUCGGGAAAACAAGUGAUAGAGUAGGAAGAAUGUAUUGGUGUACAUAGCGUUUACUCAAUAUAUUUGUUUUGAUCAUCUAUGCGACUGCCACUGAUUACUUGUGGAGUGUGCCAUCGUUAUAGAGAAUACUAGACGAGGGGGGGUAAUUGUAGCAGGAGGAACUUCGUACAGAAUACCAGAACAGCAGAAUGGGGUGAG